GAGAGCGAGGGUGCGAGGGACACACUCCUCUCCAUGCUGCACUCUCACGAAUUCUGGAGUCAUCGAGUUGAAGAUUCGCAAACUAAAAAUUAGGGUUAUGAUGAAUUGAAUGAGAAUGCAUUUGUAAGAACAGUUUCAAUUUUCCAAGAAGAAAAAAAGGAAAAUUGAAAGAAAAUGCAGAGGCAGGGACAGGUUCUUGAUACAUCAAUUGUUUCAAGAAGGAAGCUUCCAUUACUAGCUUGGGUAGAUUCAUUUCCUUGCUGUGCUAUUCUAUCCAGAAGAACCAUUCCAUCUUCACUGAGAUGUAGAGAUGUAUCAAGGUUGAAGUCAGUAUGUGGCACAAUCAGAGCCCAAGCAUCCAAUGUAGGUAUCGGAUCUGGUGGCUAUGAAGGAAAGGGAGAAAAUGACAACCAAAAAAUCUUUGUCAAUGGUCCACCCAGCGACAGUUCAUCUAACAUUGAGAAACCUCCCGAUCGAAUUCCUUAUCCUCUCUCUAUAGCUAUUGUGUUAUUUGGAUGUGCCUUAGUAUUCUCACUGAUUACCUUUACGAAAGGAGGACCUUCAUCACUUUUAGCUGCAAUUGCAAAGUCGGGCUUCACUGCUGCAUUCACAUUGAUAUUUGUUUCUGAAAUUGGAGAUAAGACAUUCUUCAUUGCUGCUCUCUUGGCCAUGCAAUAUGAGAAAGUACUGGUUCUUUUGGGAUCAAUGGGUGCUCUUUCACUUAUGACAAUCCUGUCAGUUGUGAUAGGACGGAUAUUUCACUCAGUGCCUGCUCAAUUUCAAACAACCUUGCCAAUUGGAGAAUAUGCAGCAGUAACUCUUUUAAUGUUCUUUGGCCUCAAGUCAAUAAAAGAUGCAUGGGACCUUCCAUCAAUUGUAGUUAAGAGUGGUGAUAAGAGUGGACCUGAACUUGAUGAAUUUGUGGAGGCUGAGGAGCUUGUGAAGGAAAAGGUGUCAAAACGACUCACAAAUCCACUUGAAAUCGUCUGGAAGUCAUUUAGCCUUGUAUUCUUUGCUGAAUGGGGAGACCGCUCUAUGCUUGCAACAAUUGCUCUUGGUGCCGCACAGUCUCCAUGGGGUGUGGCAAGUGGAGCCAUUGCUGGACACCUAUUUGCAACAACCAUUGCAAUUCUAGGAGGAGCAUUACUUGCCAACUACAUUUCUGAGAAACUGGUUGGCUACUUGGGUGGAGCACUGUUUCUUGUUUUUGCUGUAGCCACAUUUUUUGGAGUUUUCUAAUAAAUUCUUGAGAGCCUAUGGGAAAAAACAAAGCAAGCAACUACAUCUUAAUCCAUGAGGACACAUUGCAGUGCCUAAGGACUGGGCAGAACUAAGGGAGAAAGAGGUAGAGGAAGGCCUGAGAUCUAUCAUAGUUGCUCAUGUGGCAAGUUUCAUUCCUUAUAAGCCCCAAGGUUGGUCCCAUGUGAGUAUGCUGGUUUUGUUGAGAUAGAGCUAUUUACUAGAGAAUUUUAUCUUAGACAGCUUUAGACAAUGUUAAAAGAUGAGCUUGGACAUCCAAGACACCCAAAAUCAAAGGCUCAGUGUUUAACUGCUUUCUGUAUCUUGAAAUGCAAAGUUUCACCUUCCAAUGAUUCCUGGAAAGGAUGAUGUGACCAUGUCUUUCUAUCUAUCACUUAGAAUGAUUUGAAAUAAAGGUAGGGAUAAGUCUCUAUGAAUGUGCUAUUGUUAAAGCCUC